CGAAUCGCACCGUGACCGCGUCGUCGACAGCUGCUUUGUCUCAUUCCUCAUCAUCUUCAGCGUCGUCACAUCUGAUUCGUCCCGCGUCAUUCAAGCGACCGACCAGGCCACUCACCAGAGGAGAUGGAGUACUUUGCAAUACCAGGUGUCAUCUUAUGGCUCCUCCUGCUUGCCGUGUCUCCCAGUUCCCAAGGGGAUCCAAUUUCUGAUCCAGCGAGAGUCCCGCCGGGAUCAGGACCCAGUGGUGGAACGCUGAGUAGAGCGCAGGACGUCCCGACACAAGUUCAAGGGCCUGAAGAGGACAAACGAGGGUGGAGAGAUCUUCAGGGAGGAUGGGGCAAACGGGGCUGGCAGGAUCUUCAAAUUCCGUACAGCCACUCACCAGAGGAGAUGGAGUACUUUGCAAUACCAGGUGUCAUCUUAUGGCUCCUCCUGCUUGCCGUGUCUCCCAGUUCCCAAGGGGAUCCAAUUUCUGAUCCAGCGAGAGUCCCGCCGGGAUCAGGACCCAGUGGUGGAACGCUGAGUAGAGCGCAGGACGUCCCGACACAAGUUCAAGGGCCUGAAGAGGACAAACGAGGGUGGAGAGAUCUUCAGGGAGGAUGGGGCAAACGGGGCUGGCAGGAUCUUCAAGGCGGAUGGGGCAAACGGGGCUGGCAAGAUCUUCAGGGCGGAUGGGGCAAACGGGGCUGGCAAGAUCUUCAGGGCGGAUGGGGCAAACGGGGCUGGCAAGAUCUUCAGGGCGGAUGGGGCAAACGGGGCUGGCAAGAUCUUCAGGGCGGAUGGGGCAAACGGGGCUGGCAAGAUCUUCAGGGCGGAUGGGGCAAACGGGGCUGGCAAGAUCUUCAGGGCGGAUGGGGCAAACGGGGCUGGCAAGAUCUUCAGGGCGGAUGGGGCAAACGGGGCUGGCAAGAUCUUCAGGGCGGAUGGGGCAAACGGGGCUGGCAAGAUCUUCAGGGCGGAUGGGGUAAACGGGGCUGGCAAGAUCUACAGGGCGGAUGGGGUAAGCGAGGGUGGGACAAGUUCCAUGGAUCGUGGGGCAAACGAGACUCCGACCUCGACUUUGACGUCAACAGUCUAGACAACGACGUGGCGGAUGAGGAACUGGUUGACGAGGAAAGCGGCGAGGACUUGAAGAGGGCCUGGAGUUCGCUGAAGGGAGGCUGGGGCAAGCGAGCUGCAGACUGGGCCAAUUUCAGAGGUUCCUGGGGAAAACGAGAUCCAGGCUGGAACAACUUGAAAGGGCUUUGGGGCAAACGUGCUGAUACCAACUGGAACAGACUGUCUGCUGCGUGGGGCAAAAGGUCAAUCGGAGGAGAGACUGGAAUAAAAGAAGAUCCAGCCAGAGUGAUGUCCAGCAGUGAAGAAUGAGAAUAGAAGUAACUCGAUUGGUACUCUUCAGAAUGCUGGAUUCAUGUAUUUGAGUCGAUUCAUUCAUCUCUAGCAUCUCCACUUGUAAUUAACUCACUUGACCUUAAAAACAGCGCUCAUGGAAGGCAAUGAUUCUUUCUAAUAACCAUUUCUUUCUGUAUUUACUUAUUUUAAGAGAAACUAGAUUUUUAAGUUUAUGUUUCUCAGAUACAUGACAGGUAUCACUGCUAUGUGGCAUAAACGUAAGUAAAUUUUACUGGAUCUAAUUUCUGAGACACUGCACAUAGGAUUAUGCAUAUGCAGCCAUUGAAAGUCCACAGUACGGGCAAAUACAACCUAUUCUUACUAUAAAGGUGGACUUCAAAGUUACAAAUAGGCUGUAAAACAUAAAAAAUAAUAAUUAUAAAGUAUUUAUAUUUAAUUAAUAACACUUUAAUAUUAUUAAUACAAGCAAUUUCUGAUGCAAAUAAAUUUGAUGAAAGUAUAAAUAUUUGAAAGAAAUAAAAUCCUAAAAUAAAUUCAAUUACAAUAACUCAUUUAGGCCGAAAGAAUAACUUCUAGCAAUCUUUGAAUUUUGCAGGUAAGAAGUGCACAUUCCCCUCUAAUUUAUUAUUAUCUAUGGAAUGCCCAUUACAAGAAAAUCUUAUAAUUCUGGAAUUCCUGGUAAUGACUAAUUAUCAGAUGUUUAUGGCAAUAUUAAUAGCUGUAGGACAUGAAGACUUCUUCAUAUGUCUACCUGAUUUAGAAAUAAUUUUGCAGAAGCUCACAUGACUGGUGAAAAUUAUUUUAAAGAGCAUAAACUGUAAGAAAGUAUAAAUUUUGUCCACCAUUUUUCGACGUUUUAAACACCAAUGUUCGCCUAUAUUACAUUUAGAAAUUAGAUUCCUGUCGCCAAUAAAACAAGCCACAAUUCUGCUGGAAACGUUAAUGAUAUUAAUAAAACUUAACGAAAUUAUCUGAAUUAAAUAGAGUUGUCGAUCUAUUAUUUAUAGAAUAAAAAUGACCUUCACCUUACUUCUAAGCUUCAUCAACACACAAUCUGAGGAGUUCUUUAAGAAAAACUAUUAUUUGUACAUCCUUUGCAAAAUCUGUAGAUUUAUUUACAUAAAUAAUACAGGAUCUUGUAAUUCAUGUAAGUUGGCAACAUGAGUGUUGUAUUUUAUGCGAGAGAAUUUACUGGAAUUUUAAUUUUUGUGAACAUUACAAAGAAACUUACACGUUUCUCCUUGUAAAAUGAUAAGCCUAUACGUAGUUUUAGUUGCACAAUGAAGGUGUCAGAGAAGCCUCUGAAAACUGUUAGCAUUACAGAUGAACCUUCCACCCACAGCACGUAACAACUUCCUUGCCUCCAUUUCUCGGUAAUGCGUUUAGAACUUCUAUGAGCGCUGUCGGUUGAUAAUUAUGCUAUCAAAUAUGACGAAGCACAGACGUUUUGAAGUCUCAUGACACUUUAAGUUUCUCUCCUCCUACCCUAAAAUAAUUUACGGGAAUGUAUCUACAGCUGUUAAAUAAAGUUUUGAUGUCAUGUACAAAGGCAUAAUAUCUUCCCGCAUGCUAAUAAUAUACCUACAAUAAUAAGUAAUUUAGUUUAUAAUUUUCUGCAAAAUACCAAAGCAUAAGAAAAGUCAGUUAUAUUUUGUGUCAAAUAAAUAUUUAUAAUUAAACGAG